AUGUCGGAUACCCCCUCUUCAUCCCGAUCCAACAAGUUGAAAAUUGCCUUUACACAUCCCGAUCUGGGAAUUGGUGGAGCAGAGAGACUGAUUGUGGAUGCUGCUGUUGGAUUGCAAAAUUUGAAAGGACAUCAUGUUACAGUAUUCACUUCUCAUCACGAUCCUAAACAUUGCUUUUCUGAAACUCGUGAUGGUACUCUGAAAGUGAAUGUCUAUGGAGAUUUUCUUCCGAGAGCAUUAUUUGGAUAUUUUCAUGUCUUGUUUGCAAUAUUGAGAAUGUUAUAUUGUUCUGUCGUGAUGUAUUUACAACAUUCAUCAGAGAAUUAUGAUAUUAUUGUUGUGGAUCAAGUGAGUCAUCAUAUUCCUCUUCUUAAAUUAUUCUUUCCAAAUUCAAAAAUUAUUUUCUAUUGCCACUUUCCAGACAAGUUAUUGGUUCGUUGGGAUGAUUCAAGAAUUUCUCUCCUCAAAAAAUUGUACAGAAUUCCAUUUGAUUAUUUUGAAGAAGUGACAACUGGAAUGGCUCAUUCGAUUUGUGUGAACUCUGAAUUUACCAAACAAAUUUUCUAUGAUUCCUUCAAAAGACUUGCUAAUUGCACAGUACAAGUUCUGUACCCUCCCAUUAAUGUCUCUUCGUAUGAUGAGGAACCAUCUGAUUCUGACUUGGAAAAGUGCUCCUUCUUUAAGAGAAUUCAAGAAUCUGAUCUUAGUGUGGUCUCAAUCAAUAGAUUUGAAAAGAAGAAGAAUAUUGCACUUUUAGUGAAUGCUUUUGCCAGGCAUGUCAAGCCUCAAUUUCCAGAAGCCCUACUUAUUCUAGCUGGGGGUUAUGAUCCACGAGUUCCAGAGAAUAUUCAAGUUUUGGAAGAAUUGAAGCAAUUGGUGAAGGAGCAUGGCCUUCAAAAUGACACCGUCUAUGUACCAUCUUUCAAUAAUAUUGAUAGGUACGUCUUGCUAAGGUAUUGCACAGUGGUGGCCUACACUCCACAGGGCGAGCAUUUUGGAAUUGUCCCAGUGGAGGCCAUGUAUUGCGAGCGGUGUGUGGUUGCUCUCGAGAGUGGUGGACCCAAAGAGAGCAUUAAAGACGGAGAGACAGGCUUGUUGGCAGAAAUUCAUCCGCACAAUGAAGAAGAAACGACUCGAAACUUUGGCAAUUGUAUUUGUGAGUUCUUUGCAAUGACUCCAAAGGAAAGAGAGAAUUUCGGACGGAGAGCGAGACAACGUGUCAUUGACAAUUUCACUCUUCAAUCUUUUGCUAAUUCUUUAGACCACAUCAUUAGAUCAUAG